GUACCUGGGAGGGCCAGGAUCUGGGCUCCAUGAGCAGCACAGGGCACACUCUGUCCUUCCCUACCAGGAAUGUCCUCUUCCAACUAUCUCCCAUUCCCUACCUUUCCCUUCCCUUCCCUUCCCUUUGGAGAACCACAAGCAGCAUGGGCUCUGUUGAUGCGAGGCAUUCUCUGUUUUCAUCAGGUGCAGGAAGGGGGCCCCACCACACUUAAUCCACCAGGCACCUAGGCCCCAGCUGAGAGGCUUCUAGAGGUCAGAGAUGACAGCUGGUCCAGAUCAGAGACCCAUGACCACACACAGUGAUAACCAGGGGGAAGAGACUGUGAAGAGAGUCCCCGCCAGAGAUGUGGAGAUAUGGGGAAUGCACCCUCUCAUUUCCCAGACCUUACGGCCCCUCAUCUUGCAUAAUCCUGGCCUGGAGGAAAGAGCAGAGAGCUUGCCAUGAUCUUCAGCAUGAGUUGCUGGCAAUUGUCUCACCCUUCCAGGAUUUGGCAAAGGAUAAGUCGCUCCACCCUGGGGUGAGCCAUUGGCCACAGAGACCAUAAAUAGCAUCCCCCAGAAGGCUCUUCAUUCAUCUCCUCUUUCAGGGAAUAUCUGGAGUGGUGCCAGCUUCCUCAGCCCUGAAGUCAUGGCCCUAGGUCUCCUGUGGCUGGGCCUUGUCCUGCUAGGGGCCCUGCAGACCCAGGCCCAGGAUUCCACCCCAAACCUGAUCCCAACCCCGCCUCUGCACAGGGUCCCUCUGCAACCUGACUUCCAAAAUGAGCUGUUCCAGGGGAAAUGGUACAUCUUGGGACUGGCAGGGAAGGAAAUUCAUAAAGAAAAACACAGCCAAUUGAAGAUGUACACCAUCACCUACGAGCUGAACGAAGACAACAGCUACAAUGUCACCUUUGUCCUGCCCUGGAUCCAGCGCUGUGACCACUGGAUCACAACUUUCCUCCCAAGUUUCCAGCCAGGCCAAUUCAGCCUGGGCAACAUUGAGCGUUACCCUGGAAUCCAGAGUUACACUGUACAAGUGGUGGCCACAGACUACAACCAGGUUGCCAUGAUUUUCUUCAAGAAAGCUUACAAAAACCAGGAGUUCUUCAUGGUCACCCUCUAUGGGAGGACCAAGGAGCUGACCCAGGAGCUGAAGGAAAACUUCAUUAGCUUUGCCAAAGCCCUGGGCCUCACCGAUGACCACAUCAUCUUCCCAAUCCCCAACGGUAAUCACCAGCUGGGGAGAGGAGAAGGGCCCAUGGGGACUGUCCAGGCCUGAUGUUGCUUCACUAAGGAACGGGGGAGAGGAGGGAGGCAGAGCCCUGC